AUGAGGAAGCUCUGUAUUGCAAUGGCCAAGGGCACGGAGAUUUCGCUCAACCAGGAGCGAUAUGUGCUAGAGGCGCUCAAGCACGGCGUACGGGGCGACGGGAGGCGCAUUGAUGAGAUCCGUGACCCGAAAAUAAUCUUAUCUCCUUCCGAAUACGGCUAUGUUGAAAUCGAAUGGGGCAACACAAAACUAGCAGUUCGAGUUCUGGCCGAGAUUGCCAAGCCUUAUGACGACCGCCCGUUCGAGGGCAUCUUCACUAUAAAUACCGAGAUCUCGCCCAUGGCGUCGCCGCAGUUUGAAAACGGAAAAAACUCCGACGAUGAGGUGUUGGUGUCUCGAAUCGUCGAGAAGGCGAUCCGCCGAUCAAAUGCUCUUGAUUUGGAAUCGCUCUGUAUUGUGGCUGGAUCCAAGGUAUGGGCGGUGCGUGCAGACGUGAAUUUUUUGGACUUUGAUGGUGGACUUAUUGAUGCUUGUGCAUUGGGUGUAAUGGUGGCUCUUCAACAUUUCAGAAAACCGGACGUUUCUAUUGACGGAGAAUCCAUUGUGGUUCACUCAAUGGACGAGAGACAGCCGGUGGCGCUCAGUAUACUCCAUGUUCCGUUGUGUGUUAGUUUUUCGUUUUUCAAUCCGAGCGAUAUCGAGGAAACCGUCAAGGGCGAUGCGAGCGACGAAAUAGCUGUAAUGGAUGCAACUCAUGAAGAAGAGUUGGUACGAGAUGGAUCGCUAGUGGUGACCUUGAACAAAAAUAGAGAGAUUCUUCAGGUUUCCAAGAGCGGAGGACUUCCUAUAGAUGCUGUGGUUUUGAUGGAUUUGUGCCGGAAAGCGUAUACGGUUACGUCCGAACUUACGGACCGAGUCAAGGAAAUAUUAAAGAAAGACGACGCAGAAAGGUACAAGAGGAUGAAUAUGAAGUUGUUAGAAGUGGGAGCGUCACGGUGA